GCAACACUGCUUGUUUAUAACUUCCAUGACAAUAUUAUAACGCGCAAGAAAUCCUUAACUUAGUUAAAAUGAUUGAUGCUCGUACGCUGCAGGACGACUUAAAGUUCCAGGAGACCGCCCGGGAAAUCUCGAAUAAGGUGCUGGGCGGCGAGUAUCGGCUGCUGCGGCGAAAGCAGGGCAAUAGCGUGUGGAAAAUUUACCGGGAAAUAGUUCGCAGCGAUGGGGCCAUUAUCAGUGGGCUCUACUUCUGUACCGGCUGCAAGCGCGUCAUGCGAUCCUUUAACACCUCGAAUCUGCGCACCCACAAAUGCCACGUGGAGUACCUGCGGCAGAGUGUGGAUACCUCUACCGGGACGUUCAGAGAAUUGGAGCCCUUAAGGCAACAGGAUACGAGUCCUACAACGGAGCGCCGUCCAAACACAGCCCAACCGGCGGAAUGGUCUUUUCUUGCCACCGAGAUGCUCCUUCAACUGUGGGCAGGUCAUGUCGUCGAUCUGCGAGACUCUCGCAAACGGGUGGAUAUCAUCUGGAAAAUAGCUGCAGAAAUGAAGACGCUGGGAUUCACUUUCCUAGAAAUCAAAAAUAAAAUGGAUGAUAUGGCCCAACAAUACCGGCGAGAAGCCCACAUGGAGAAAACGACUGGAGAAAAAUCUCAGUGGGAAUUUUUCUCGGCUCUACAGAAGCUGCUAACUGCAGAUCACAAUCUCGUGGAAUUUAAGCCUAAGACAACGGUUAAUUCCAGAAACGGAUCGCACAGCAUAAGCGAUCACAAUUCAUUUUCCAAUCAACCAAACCUAUCUUCAAAGAAUCAAAGGUACUCUAGGCAUUUGAAAGAGGAGUCUACAGAAGAGGAAGACUUUAACGAAGACCUUGAAGGAUAUCAAGAAGAUGUAGACGAGCUACGCAUACUAAAGGACAAUAUUAUAAGGGAAAUAGAAGAAUCCUCCACUGUACAUUCCCAAGAGAACUACGAGGAAGAACUCGACCAACAAAUUUCCCAGAUUGAGGAAAAGAAAAGAGUCAAACGCAAAAGAUCUGCUAGGAUGAUCGAAAUAGAGGAGCAAAAGCUGGUCAUAGAAAGAAAAAAAUGCAAAUUAAUGAAGUUUUUCGUACGAGAAAUGUCCUCAUUUCACCAAAGUUUGUUUGAACUUCUGAAUAAUUCCCAAGAAGUUUCGAAGCCAUAAAUACUUAUUAAAAUGAAGAGUGAUCUGCCACACA